UUGACGGUCUCUUCAACCUUUCAAGUUGCAGUAUCUGCAAAAACAAUCGCCAUGGGAAGCAAGUUUCUUGUUGUGUGUCUGUUUCUGUCUCUUGUUAUUGCAAGCUUCGCCGAGGUUUCUUGUCAGUAUGAAGCGGGUCGAAAUGAAGGAAGCAGAGGUUCGAGUAUGUUGGAACUGAUAGAGCAUGAGCACCAAGCCACCAAGCAACUAAAGAUUGAUGAUUUCACCGGAGGCAAGGAUGAUGAAGAACUAUCUGCAAAGAGACAAAGUAUGUUAGAAGAGUUCGAACUUGAAUAUGAAGCUUCUGCAAAGCGUCUUGAACAACUUAAGUUCGAUCUCGAUGCGGGCAAUGAUGUUGAAGAACUAUCGGCGAUGAGAAAACUUAUGUUGGAAGAGAUUGAAAGUGAAUAUGAAGCCGCUUCAAAGAAUCUUCAACGACUAAGAGCUGGUUUCACCGAGAGUAAGGAUGAUGAAGAACUAUCUGCAAAGAGAAAAAACAUGUUGGAAGAGAUCGAACGUGAAUAUGAAGCCGCUGUAAGGGGCAGUAGACAAACAGCUCUUGGUGGUUUGAGCAAAGAUUAAGACGAGGAAGAAUGAUCUUUAUGAAGAACCGGUUAUCAAUACCGGUUAUGGGGUGAAUUUUCAGAAUAAUUGGUAAUCGACUCGGUUUAGUUACCACUUCUUUGUGACAGACUCGAGUUCGUUUUAAAAUCUCAGCUACUGAAAACACUUUGUAUUGCAUUUUGGAGUUUGAAUCGAAUAACACAGAAAAAACCGAUUCAAUGUUCUAAUC